UAUCAAGAAGCUCUCAAUUUCAGGGAGGCCGAUGACCGACGAAGCGGCUUCAGUGGAACUGUAUUGCAAGCAGAAUGGCUUCAACAGACAUUCUAACAGCUUUGGCAGAGCUUGAAUCAAGCCCUCAACCGCAACACAACAAAGCAUCUGGCUAUAACGAACUACUUCAGAAGAUCGUAAACGGCCCGUCAGCGCAGCUUUCCGCAAACCUCAUUGCAUUUCUCGACUCAAUACUUGGAGAAACCGUCGGUGUAGUUGUUUCUAGACAAUUAUUAAUUUCAUUGGUUCUCGUUCUUAAGGAUCUACCAAGCGCCGAAGUCAAAAUAGAAGUCUGCCAGCAUGCUCUCCAAGCUCUACAACCCCGGGUCGUUUCAUUCGAGGAGCAAGACGCAGCUAUAAGGGAGAUUGUGGCGGAUGCAUACGAGCAACAAGAGGACUACACUUCAGCAGCAAAGGCGCUGCAAGGCAUCCAGCUUGAUUCCUCUCAACGAAUGAUAUCAGACACAGCCAAAGUCAAGCUCUGGAUCAGAAUCGUGCGUCUCUUUCUCGAAGAAGAUGACACAACCAGUGCCGAGACAUACCUUAAUCGAGCAAAGACUCUACUCUACAAGGUCGAGGAUCAGGAGAUUAGAUUGAUGUUUCAGCUUUCGCAGGCUAGAAUUCUUGACGCUGGCCGUAAAUUUCUCGACGCAUGCCGAAUUUACCAUGAGUUCAGCUUCUCUCUAAUUAUCGCCGAGGAAGAGAAGAUGCGCGCCCUCUCUGCUGCAAUUAUCUGUGCUGUCCUUGGUCCCGCUGGCCCUCAAAGAUCUCGGAUACUGUCCCAGUUGUAUCGAGACGAGCGAGCGUCGCAGGUUGAGGAAUUCGGCAUCCUGGAGAAGAUGUUCCUGGACCGCUUACUAUCACCUGCUGAGGUUAAGCAAUUUGCAGAUAAACUCGCACCACAUCAGCUAGCACAGACGGCGGACGGAUCAACAGUUCUUACCAAGGCGGUCAUUGAGCAUAACCUGCUGGGGGCUUCAAGAUUGUAUAGUAACAUUGGAAUGGAAGAUCUUGGCGGGCUGCUUGGAUUGGAGGGAGAAAAGGCCGGAGAGUACGCCGCCGCGAUGAUUGAGCAAGGGCGCCUAGCAGGAAGGAUUGAUCAGAUUGAUCGCUUGAUCUACUUUGAUGGUGGUGAGGGAAGUGGAGAAAGAACAAGCGCAGGGCAGGCGGAUAGAAUUGUGGGUAAUGAGUUACGAAAAUGGGACGCCAACGUGCGGGGUCUCACUGAAGAGGUGGAAAAGGUCACCACGUUGAUUCAAAAUCAUUACCCGGACUUCGUUGCAGCAAAUCUUGUCCAUUGACGUUAAUCUACGCCUAUAAUAAUAGUGUUGUGCAAAACAACCUCAUGAAGUCUAGAACGCAUCUUCAAACGACCUAAGGAGUUAUUUGGUAUUUGUUUAUUCGAAGUCUCACGCCUCGAGCGCAUUAUAACAGGAAGCCAUGUCUCAGUUAGCGAACGUUUUCUUUCUAAAACAGUCACGGUCAGCCUCUAGUGACCAUCAUACAAUCUGUUUAAUGAAAAGCCAUCAUGUUAUUUGUCUUUACUUGAACCAUGAGAAAGAAGAAUCAAAGCACAUAUUUUGAUUGUCAAAGCAUUUCGAAUCUACUAUGCUUCCCUAAUAUCUAAACGU